AUGCUAUGUGUAUUAUUUAUUGUCUUUUUUAUUAAUAAUACGAUAAAAGUUGUUGCUGAUAGUGCACGAGAAUCACGAGAGUCAGGUGAGAACAAGGCAUCUAACAUCGCUCAAGAAGCUGCGCAAGAAGCUAAGGCUGCUUCAGACAUUCAAAAUGCGGCGGCAGCAGAAGCUUCUCGUCAGAUAAAAUCACAAUUGGCUGACAAAGCAGUGUCUGCUGCAAAAGCUGCUGAAGCGAUUCUCAUUGGAAAAAUGUCUGUAGUAACGCAGCUGCAACAAGAAGUCAAAGAAGCUCAGGCUGUUGUCGAUGAAGAAUUAUCUUCGAUUCGUCGAUCUAAGGACUUAGUUAAAUCUGCUGUUAUUGCUGCUCAACAAACUGCUGAAGAAUAUAAAACUCUUAAUAAAGCUUUGGGUACGCUGACGAAAAAUGUUGAAGUGUCAAAUGAAGCAUCGCAGGGCGCUCGUCAUGAACUGAUUGAACAAGAACAGCUGGUGAAUGCUGCACGACGACGACUCAAUGAUUUGACCAAAAGAACGCGAGAAGCUAAACGCGAUCUUGAAAACACUAAAAUGGCAGUGAUGAAGGCCAACGCAGCUGCCCGCGCAGCUCAAGAGAAUGCCGCGAGGAUCAAGCGAACACAAAUAUCUCGAUCAACUUCGUCUGAUAAAUCUUAA